UGCCUGACUACCUGUCACUGGAGUAACACCAGAGAGGGGUGCUGAGACACACGACAGUCGGGAUUACGUUUAUUCAGCGUCAACUUUUUUUUUAGAUUUCCAACUCGGAUAAACUCCCGACACAUUUUAAAAACUAGUUAGCGUCAGCGAAUCAUCUGCAUGACUAAAAGAACAAAAAACUUUGCUACAGAUUCAGCGCACUACACCAGCAUUUUAACUGUUGAGAGACUGUGCAUCUCAAGAAGUUUAAUUAAUGACUUAGGUUUAGCUAAUGAAUGCCUGGGGAGGAAUUAAUUCGCGUAUUUUGCAGUGAAACUACCACAUAGUUAGGUCCAGCCAUGUCAGCAUCACCUGUGCACUCAGCUCGGAUCAGGCGCAGCAAUGACGGGUCCCCCAUCAGCACCUCCUCCUCCUCCACAGCUGCAGCAUCAUCAUCCUCCGCCGGCAACACGAGCCGGUUGCAGCCCAUUCGCGCCACCGUGCCCUACCAGCUCUUGCGUGGAAAUCAGCAGCACAGCCCAACCCGCCCUCACUCCUCCUCCUCCAUCUCAGUCGGAAGCAACACAGAACCGACAGCAUCAGCCGAGCAGCGCAGCUCCAGUCCCGGCAGCCCGGCGCUCGACAGUCCGGCAGAAAGCGGCUCGCUGGACGCUCGUCUGAUCCCGCGGCAGAGGCGCUCUCCACCUGAGCACAGGAGCUCACCGGAGCGGUGCCCUCAUUCACCUGUACUUAGAGUUGAGAGGUCAAAGUCGCAACAGGUGCAGAUCACAGGUGCUAUCAGACGGUCUUCCUCUCUGGGUGCUAUCACCGGGCCUUACCUGGUAGGGCAGUGGCCACGUGAAUCCCACCGGCACAACCCCUCAUGCAUGAAAGACAAGUCCACACAGACUGCUGGAUGUUGGAGUGCCGAGAGUGAAGAGAAAGGGAGCACACACCAGCGCUCGGCAUCCUGGGGCAGCUCUGACCAUCUUAAAGAGAUUGCUAAGCUCAGGCUCCAGCUGCAGCGCAGUAAGCAGGGUGGAGGCCGUCAGUGUCAGGACAGUAAAGAGCGUCUCUCCCCCCUCCCCUGCUGCAGCAGCGCCUCCAUUACUGCCACUACCAUCAGCACAGCUCCGUCGUCCAUGUCGAAGCCAGCACAGAUGCCACUGGCCAACAUCACAGUGCCAAAGCCCUCCAUCUCCAGGGUUCCCAGCAGCAUGGAGGGCAUCAACCACGAGCUGGAGAAAGUCUUCAUCAAAGACAACGGAGAGAAAGAGGAGCUCAAGUCGCUGGAGGUUCCUGACGGGCGGCGGGCUCCGUUUCCUCCUCAGCAGCGCAGCAGCAGCAGUCGCGGUGUAGACACUCAGACGUCAUCAGUGCCUGGACGCUCCAGCAGCUGCUCCAGCCUGUCGCCCUGCCUCUCGCCCGCGUGCCCGCCCCGCUCACACGACGGCAGCCCGUACUCCACCGACGAGAUGCUGGACGACAGAGACAAAGACAGCGGCAGCAGUUCCCCCCUGCCUAAAUUCGCCUCGUCCCCGAAACCCAACAACAGCUACAUGUUCAAACGGGAGCCUCCAGAGGGCUGCGAGAAGAUCAAAGUGUUUGAGGAAAUGACGUCCAAACAGUCAGCCACCCUCCCCCUUUUCUCCUGCCCUGACAAAAACAAGGUCAACUUCAUCCCCACGGGCUCUGCGUUCUGCCCUGUCAAGCUCCCGGGAUCCCUCCUCCAGCCGAAAGAGGAAAGCCAGGCCGGCCCCAGCGGCUCACACCACCACCACCAUCACAUGGCCACUCAGGUCUCCACCAGCACGAGCACAGACGACCCUCCCGAAUCUCCCUCUCAACAGCAGGAGGCGCCCUCAGAAUCGGCCUCCCAGCCUCAGAACUUUGAAGUCAGCUAAACGCGGCAGAGCUGGUCUCGGUCGCGCCGCUCCGCUCCGCUCCUGUGUAGAGGACCGUCCGUUCCCCGCCCCCAAACUUCCUCUUCUCUCUCUGAUGGACCCCACCUUUGUGCUGAAUCCUUACUAUCUGCAUGGCAUAGCAACUGUGGCCCGAACGAGAAUCACAAACGCAGCCGAGGGGUUCGAGUAUGUGGCAAUGCCAUGCUUCGGUGUCUGGAUGGGAACGGCGUCUGAAGGAUGCGUUUUGGGAGAAGGACCUUUAGAAUAUGCAUAUCAAAAAUUCAAAUGGCUUCACUGUUAUCUCGAUAAAUGAGUGAGCGUCUCACAUUAAAAUCAUAUUCAUUAAAUUAGCCUAUCGAUAAGUCCAGCUACAUUCCAGAAAUUCCCAUUUUGAUUUUUUAGUGUAAGAUGUGGAUGCGUUCGCAGGUAGUUUUCCAUCUGAUUGGAUUCCGUGUUGCAACGGCACAGCUGUUUUCAAACGCAGCUUUGCUUUCCUUUGCUUAAAAUUUAAGCAAAGUGGCUUUUGUAUGAGCACUAUAAUCAGCGCAAAGCGAGGGGUCGCCUUCGAAAACACCGCCGAUUUACAAGGAGAAAGACGACUGAUGCUUUCAGGAAGGUCUUAAUAGUGUCAGGGCAUGCAUUUAAAACUGAUCGUAUGUUUAACAUUAAAUGAUGUGUCGUGUUCUCUUUCAACAUCCACAGUACGAAUAAGCUCUCUCUCUAUCGAUAUAUCUAUAUAUGAGAAAUCUAUAUAUAAAGAAGUAAGCUUGUAUGAAUUUAAAACCGUGUAUUGCUGUGUUAUGUACAUUAUGGGAAAUGAGCUGCACUCCACGGGUUGACGACUGUCCAGGUUUCCUACCUUCUGACCAUGAUGCAGAAAGAGAAAAACACAGAAAUAGUACUAAAGGUUUUGUUUUCACACCUUGAGGCACGGUGUCGGCCUGCGGCCUCGCUUCGGGUGCAUCACACACGGUUUAAACUCAGGUAAAACUCCCAUUCAGAUCCGUCCCAUCACAUUCCAUGUGGAGAGGAUUGGGUCGGACACACUGUGUGUUGAAAACAUUAGACAACCCUCAUGAGUCAGACGUGCGUCAUCACUGUCACUAUAUGACAUGCAUUCAAAUUUAAUAAAGACAAACAACAGCCCAGAUCACAGGUUCGAGGAGAUGCAUUUUCUAGUGGCAUGUCAAAAAAAAAACUUAUUUAUUAAAUGAAAUCCUAUUUAUUUACACCUAUUACUUUUAAACAUUUAAUUUCUUCAUUUUAUACGUAUUAUUGUGACAUUGCAACUUUAUUCUCAAAAUCUUCUCAAUUUUUUUUUUACUUUAACAUGCUACUAGGACAUGCUACUGGGGAUGCGUCUAAAAUAAAAGGAAGAAAUGUCUUGCUAAAAUAAAGAAAAAAAAAACAUUGUUUUGUGUAAUGGAAUGAAGGGUAUUUUUAAGGCCAUUAAAAUAGCCUCUUUUUUGGCAUUGUGACAUUUUCUUAAUGAAUUGUACCGUAUUUUUCGGACUAUAAGUCGCACCUGAGUAUAAGUCGCAUCAGUCCAAAAAUACAUCACGAUGAGGAAAAAAACAUAUAUAAGUCGCACUGGACUAUAAGUCGCAUUUAUUUAGAACCAAGAGAAAACAUUUAUUUAUUUAGAACCCUCUCGCAACUGGAGACGGUAAUGUUUUCUCUUGGAUCAUGUCUCUUAGUUAAUUUCUCUCGGUUCAUGUCAAAUUAAUUUUGAUAAGUUGCACCUGACUAUAAGUCGCAGGACCAGCCAAACUAUGAAAAAAAGUGUGACUUAUAGUCCGGAAAAUACGGUAAUUGUAUUACAUGACAUUAAUUCAUUAAAAUCAUUGUAAAUUAAAAUAAUUUUAACAAAUGCACUAAAUGCACAACGUAUAUAUGAUUAAUAAACAAAAAAGUCAUACUACAUAAUAUUUUCCACAUUAUGGUAUUGUAAAUUUGAGGAUUCAUGAACUUAAUCAUCAAAAAUGUCGCAAUGCAAAAUGUCGAACUGGCGUAAAACACUGUCAAAAUGAUCGCUGUGAUAAUUAGCUAUCACAAAUUAAAAUUCAACAGAAUCAGUCAUUUCAACUUACAUAAGUGUAUUGUGCUUGACGUACAACUAUAAGUUGAGUUAACCAGUUAUAUAGAUAUUUGUUAAUUUAAUAUAAUAAGCUGUUAGAACUAGCAGCAUUUUUAUAUAGUGAACCAAUCUUUAUUUUAUUUGAACCUAAUUUGGGAGGAAAUAUGAAAUUGACCGCUUUUAUGAGAUUCACCUAAAAGCAUGGUUUUAUACAAGCAGGACAUAUCUCGGUCAUAAAACACCAUGCCUCAAAUAUAUAAAUCAAUCUGCCCAAAGAGAGUGUAUCCGUUCACAUUACCAUACAUGUUUAUAUGUACGUUGGCUGUUGUGGCGAAAAAAGCAUGCAUUCAUGAUUUCACUGAUUAUGAAUAACAAUAAUCAACUUUUUGUCCAAAUGACAGGCAAGCAUGAUUUGGCAAAAAUAUUGAUUUAUUCAUCUCAUGAGAUCAACCAUUGGCACCCAACAUAAUAAUACAUGAUUAAUAUAAAAAGGCUUUAAAAGUAACAAUGCUACCUUUUAUACUGCACCUUAUAUCGAAAGACCAAGUAGUUAAGUCAAAGAUGAAGCUGGUUUUGGUAAGUGAAGGGUUUGCAAUAAUCAUACUCUUUUGUUUUAAAUGCUUGAAUAUCUGCACCAUUUCGUUUCCAUUCCAUGCAUGUGUGAUUCUGGAGCCGAAUCGGCACACAGCCCUAGCCAUCGACUGCUAUCUAAACCAGCACUGCAGUGUAAGAGCACAUUGCUGGCCAUCGCGGGAGAUGUGUUUGAAGAUCAGGUGAAUAUGUCAGGCUGACCUGCUGUCUGUUCACAUGGCAAUAAAGCAUUGUGUUGUUGUGACUGUACAAACCAGAUGUGUGCGUGAAUGGAGGAUGUCAUUUGAUUUGAAGGGGGAAAAUAUUGACGAAAGAACAAAACUGUUUUGGAAGCAUAUCAUGCUGGGUUGCUUCAACCCAACUUUGGGUCAAAUAUUGACUAACCCCGCCUUUGGUUUAAACAUUUCAUAAAAAAAAAAAAAAAGCCUGGGUUGGUCCAUAUUUGACCCAAAGUUGGAUUGAAACAAUCCAUCAUUUUUUAGAGUGUGAUAACUCUUUGCCAGUUCUCACGUCAAGAAAAUGAUUUUAAAACCUUGUUGCUUGAAUUGUUUUUCUGUGGCACAGGCUGCUGAGUUUGCAUACGGUUAUAGGCACACUGUCCAUGUUUGGUGACUGUAUAGAAAUAACAGUAUCAAAAGCCACACUUUCUUCAACUUUUAGCCUCAGGCGGCUAAUUGGAACCUUGUGUUUUAUUUAAAUUAAAUAAACAUUAUAAUUAAAA